ACAUCAGUUACGCAAACACAGGCCAAUAUACAACAAUGAUUGAAGGACUGUCUGUUCUGAUUCUCCUAACCACAUUAUCUCUACAUCAGACUGCAGAGGUUCCUCAGCAGAUCCCUUUGAUUGUGGCUAACCUCGGUGAUAACAUCAAUGUAACAUGUUCUGUUUCUGGGACAGAAGCCUGGUUGUUUUUCUGGUACAAGCUGAAAUUUGGAUACAUGGUCCAAACACUUGCUAAAGGAGCUUCUGCAGAUAUAAAGCUUCAAGGACAAUUUGACGACCCGAGAUUCACAGUCAGGAAAGUGGAUUAUCUGUAUAUUCUUACCAUAAGAAAUAUAAGCAAAGAGGAUGAAGCAACAUACUUCUGUCAAGCAGGAGAGCCAUAUAUAAUAACUUUUGUUAAUGGCACAAUUUUGGCUGUGAAAGAUCAUAAAAAUCAGCAGAAACACAUCUACGUCAAACAAAGUCCGGAGACUGCGUCAGUCCAGCCGGGAAACUCGACGACUCUCCAGUGUUCACUUCUCUCCACGAACAAAGAAAACCUGGUCCAGUGUCCAGGUGAACACAGUGUGCACUGGUUCAGAGCCGGAUCAGGACGCUCCCAUCCCAGCUUCAUUUACACUCAGAGCAGCAGGAGAGAUGGACAGGAGGAGAAAAGCUGCAUCUACAGUCUGUCCAAAACUUUACACGACUCAUCAGAUGCUGGGACUUACUACUGCGCUGUGGUCACAUGUGGAGAGAUCCUGUUUGGUGGAGGAACCAAAGUGGAGAUGAGACAAGAACAACUUCCAUUGGUCAUUGCGCUUGGGACACUGAUGCUCUGCUGCAUGAUUGCGAUUGUUGCUCUAAUUCUCUUCAGAAAGAAAAAGACUGUUUGCGAACAUUGCAAAGCAGGAGCAGCGACGGCCUCCCAUCCUGAUGGAUCAGCUGAGGAUCAACCAAAUGAUGCGGAUGGUGACGCAGCGGCGAUGAACUACGCUGCACUUGGUUUCAACUCAAGAAAAGCUACAAGAUGGAAUAACAGGAAUUCACCAGAGGACUGUACUUACUCAAGCAUCAGAAACACUGUCAGACAAUAAUGUUGAUGCAACUCAUUGAGAAUGAUGAUGGAUUAAAUCAUGUACAAUAACAAAUGAUGUGUGU